AUGGAUAAUCAAGAAAUCCUCGAAAAUCUCGAAUCAAUUGUUUUUGUAGACCCACAAAAUGUUUUAGCUUCUAAAGAAUGGAUGAAUGGAAGUAUUGGUGAAGCGGCACACAUGUUACUUGAAUGUGACAAAAAGAAACCAUCGUUCAUCUUAACAGGUUCAUGCUAUUUUAAUGGAAAUUGUGAAACAGAUGGUCCUAUUGGAGCAGGAAUACUUUGCAGAACAUUACGCAGUCUUGGAUUUAACACAAAUGUUUUAACAGAUUCUUAUGCAGCAUUAGUUGUAAUUAGUGCCGUUAAAAAUGCUCCAGUAUACGUUUUUGAUGACGUUGAAAAGAUAUCAAAAGAUAUGUCAUUCCUUGUAACAGUUGGAAGGCCUUCAAAAUGCAAAAAAUCAUUAGAUUACCUAUCACCACAAGGAGAAGUAAUCAACAACUCUGUUAUCAAGCUUGACAAACUCCUUAAAUCAUCUUUAGACCCAGAAAUUAAAUAUCCUUACAAAGUUAUAAGUAUCUGCGAUAGAUUACAGGAAUGCGGCGCCGGCAAUCUUGAAUGCAUUGCCAGAGGUGCUGACGUUGCAUGCACAUUAUGUGACACAUUAAUCAUGUCUGGCUGCUCACAUUGGGGAAGUCUCGCUUUAGCUGCGGCACUUAUUGCUUUGUCUGAAGAUAAAGAAACAGCAAAGAUGUUCAUUGAAUUAUGCGACCAACAAAGCCAACUUCUUGAUGAAAUGCUUGAAGCCGGUUCUUAUGACGGUGUUACAGGAAAACAGGAGAGAUCUAUAGAUGGAAUGCAAUUUGAUGCUGAACAUAUAAGUGUUACACAUAGUAUUGUUAUGUUAAUCAAACAGAAAUUUGAUUUGUUUUAA